AUUUUGCAGACAAAAAAGUAUGCUGAUGUGAUAAUACCAAGAGGAUCAGAUAACACAGGUAGAGAAUAUAAAAAUUUAACUUAUUGCUAUAAACAGUAAGACCUGACCAAAACCUGGUAUCCACCACUCUGAGUUACUGAAUGACAAUAGUUCAUAAUAAGAAUGUCUGAGAAUAAAGAAAAUAGUAAAAAUAAAAAAGAAUGUCUGGGAAUGAAGAAUGGGAGGCUAGGUCAGGGCCUUGACCUUUUUCAAAUUUUACCAUCCUAAACAUGGCAGAUGAGAUGAAGAGCAGCAGUAUGAAGGACUACGGCUGGGCCUCUUAAUAUUAAGAGGUGUAUUUUAUUUAUCUGUCAGGUAUACGUAAGUCAACCUUUUUCCAACCAAAAAGCCUAUCCAAAAUGCCAUCUUCAUGUUCUACACAGGCCACAAGCUCUUGUGGGCUGAUUGAAAACAGUCUUGUAAAUCCUACGUACAUUGUGCAAAAAUUAGCCUACGAUGACAAGCAAUGAAGGCCAAAAAAAUUCAGCUGCAUGUAGUUCUUUGUUGUGGGUCUUAUUGUUUCGUUGAUCUACGUGUAUAUCAAUUUUCCAAGGCAUUUCUUUCCAGGAUUGACAAAAAUCUCAUGUGGAGCUUCAAAAAAGGAGUGUCAUCUUAUACAUAGGCUUGACCUUCACUCACGAGUGAAUACAGUAAGGUUUAUAGGCUGUCACUGCUUCAGAUUUCAUGUGUCCUCUUUGUUUUCAGUGGCCAUAGGGCUUAUUGUGCAGCACAUCAAAGACAUUCUGAAUGGAAAUAAGAGCAGUGAAAUUGAUGGAGUACAUGAUCCAGGACGACGUCAAAGACACCACUCUGACUCAAGUAUGGUUUCUUCCAGACCACAUUGA